AUGUCUACCACCCAACGCAAUUCUGCCGGCGACUCUACGCCAGCCGACCCAGAUGAUCCAGAAUACGAAGACCUCCUCCAAGAUGAAGAGCCUUCACCAGCCUUCACACCCGCGCCCCUCCCAACUCUCACAAACGAACCCCAACGACACCCAGACUCCUGCCUGACUCUCUCCCUCCCUCUCAUAAAAGCCCUUCACGCACAACUUCCGCCGACGCCGGAGCUUACGCUCUCGAUUGGAAGCGGUACGGGGCUUGUGGAAGCUCUGCUGGACUCUUUGGCUGAUACCAAGGACCAAAAUCCCACUCAAGAAGAUCCUCGGGCUUCUAAAGCUUCUCAGGAGACGCCUGCCCCGCGACCGCUCAACUUAACAAGCAUCGAAAUCGCCCCAUCCCCAAAUAAAUACCACCCCAACCACCGCACCGUCCCGGGUACAUGGGCACUCGAUCCCGCUGCAGCGGAAGCCAAGGCGUGGAUAUUCGUGUACCCGAAGCAAGUCGCUCUCGUGAAGAAGUACAUGGAGGCCUUUGCCUCCAGCCACUCCAGCAAGAAAGCGGCUGCUGUGGAGACGGUGUUAUACGUCGGUCCAAGAAUGGACUGGGAUGAUUUCCGGGGCGCAUUGGAGCCGUACGCGGAGAGUGUCGAGGUUUGGGACGAGGAGCGGAUGGAGGGUGUUGGGGGGCGGGGGUGGGAAUGUGUUGUGAGGGUGACGGUGAAAAGGUGA